AAACGGCACCGGAGUGGCCUUAGGCUGCGGCGAAGGAGCAGCCGCAGUUGGUGCUCGGGUGAAGGAGCUUGUUAGUUACUUCUCUCUCGGAUCUAGGGAGCUUUCCUUAAUUGCAACGAAGGUGGAAAAACUCUUCCUUCAUUUCCAGCUAUAAGCUGCUAAUUUGAAGGAAAAGAGCCACAGGGCACAAACGCUUCGGUCUGUGCUCUCUGCUCCUGACAAAUCUAAACAGAACUAUUUUAAAGAAGCCAUACAAUACUGAAGAAUCUCGAAGUCUGUUAAGAAGUACUGAAGUCCUAAAUCACCAAUUCUUCUAACUUUCUGGCCAUUGAUCCUCGGGCAUUCGUAGUUCAACAUCAAAGGUCCGUGCUCCUUCUACUGCGACCUGCCAGCGGGAGCAGCGUCCCCGAGCAUGGAGCGGAGGAGCGAGAGCCCCUGCCUGCGGGACAGCCCCGACAGAAGCAGCGGCAGCCCCGAUGUCAAAGGGCCCCCCCCCGGGAAGGUGGCCAGGCUGGAGCAGAACGGCAGCCCCAUGGGCACCCGCGGGAGGCCCAACGGCGCCGUCACCAAGCCCGUGGGAGGUUUGAUGAUUCCAGUCUUUUGUGUGGUGGAGCAGUCAGACACCUCUCUUGAAUACGAUAAUCGAGAAGAGCAUGCUGAGUUCGUUCUGGUUCGCAAAGAUGUGCUCUUUAGCCAGCUGGUGGAGACAGCGCUCCUGGCUCUGGGGUAUUCCCACAGUUCUGCAGCUCAGGCACAAGGAAUAAUCAAGCUUGGGAGGUGGAAUCCCCUCCCUCUCAGUUAUGUGACUGAUGCACCAGAUGCGACAGUGGCCGACAUGCUACAAGAUGUCUAUCAUGUUGUGACAUUGAAAAUCCAAUUACAAAGUUGUUCAAAGUUGGAAGAUUUGCCAGCAGAGCAGUGGAACCAUGCCACAGUUCGCAAUGCCUUAAAGGAACUGCUUAAAGAGAUGAAUCAGAGCACAUUAGCCAAAGAAUGCCCUCUCUCACAGAGUAUGAUUUCAUCCAUUGUAAAUAGUACAUACUAUGCCAAUGUGUCAGCAACCAAGUGCCAGGAGUUUGGGAGAUGGUACAAAAAGUACAAGAAGAUUAAAGUUGAAAGAGUGGAAAGAGAAAACCUUUCAGACUAUUGUGUUCUUGGUCAACGUCCCAUGCACUUACCAAAUAUCAACCAGCUGGCAACUUUGGGAAAAUCUAAUGAACAGUCUCCUCAUGGCCAAAUUCACCACAGUACUCCAAUCCGAAACCAAGUGCCAACGAUGCAAACCAUGAUAAACCCUGGGCUCCUGUCUCCUCAGCUCAGUCCACAACUUGUGAGGCAGCAGAUAGCCAUGGCCCAUCUGAUAAACCAGCAGAUUGCUGUCAGCCGACUGUUGGCUCACCAGCACCCGCAGGCUAUCAACCAGCAGUUCUUGAAUCAUCCACCCAUCCCUAGAGCCGUCAAACCAGAGCCAUCAAAUUCAUCGGUGGAAGUCUCUCCAGAUAUUUACCAGCAAGUCAGAGAUGAGCUGAAGAGGGCCAGUGUGUCUCAAGCUGUCUUUGCAAGAGUAGCAUUCAACCGCACACAGGGUUUGUUGUCAGAGAUCCUGCGUAAAGAAGAAGACCCUAGGACAGCUUCCCAGUCCCUCUUGGUAAACUUACGGGCAAUGCAGAAUUUCCUCAACUUGCCUGACGCGGAGCGGGAUCGUAUAUAUCAGGAUGAGAGAGAGAGGAGUAUGAACCCAAACGUGAGCAUGGUGUCUUCAGCUGCCAGCAGCCCAAGCUCCUCCAGAACACCCCAGGCCAAAACCUCGACACCAACAACAGACCUCCCCAUUAAGGCGGACAGCGCCAACGUCAACAUCACAGCUGCCAUUUAUGAUGAGAUCCAACAGGAGAUGAAAAGGGCCAAGGUAUCUCAAGCUCUGUUUGCCAAAGUGGCUGCCAAUAAAAGUCAGGGCUGGCUGUGUGAGCUGCUGCGCUGGAAAGAAAACCCAAGCCCAGAAAACCGCACUCUCUGGGAGAACCUCUGCACCAUUCGCCGCUUCCUGAACCUUCCCCAGCACGAGAGGGAUGUGAUCUAUGAGGAGGAGUCCAGGCACCACCACAGCGAGCGUAUGCAGCACGUGGUGCAGCUCACACCCGAGCCUGUGCAGGUGCUGCACAGACAGCAGUCCCAGCCUGCCAAGGAGAAUUCCCCACCUAGAGAAGAGGCUCCUCCUCCACCUGCUGAGGACAGUUGUGCCAAAAAGCCAAGAUCCCGUACCAAGAUCUCCUUGGAAGCUCUAGGUAUCCUUCAAAGCUUUAUUCACGACGUGGGUCUCUACCCCGAUCAGGAAGCCAUCCACACCCUCUCUGCUCAGCUGGAUCUCCCCAAACACACCAUCAUCAAAUUCUUCCAGAACCAGCGUUACCACGUAAAGCACCACGGGAAGCUAAAAGAGCACUUGGGAACGGUGGUUGACGUGGCAGAGUACAAGGAUGAGGAGCUGCUGACAGAGUCGGAGGAGAACGACAGCGAGGAAGGCUCUGAGGAAAUGUACAAAGUGGAGGCUGAGGAGGAGAAUCCCGACAAAAGCAAGGCAGCUCCAGCAGACAUCGACCAGAGAUAA